CAGUGGGGGUGACAUCACAGCUGGGCCAGCCCAAUUUUCCAGCGCUGAGAAACUCUCCCUGCGUCGACAGCCUCACCAGCAGCCAUGAGUGACGAUGUCGAUGCGUCAAGAACCGGCGACGAGUCCCCGCCCCAACUCGGCUCGUCGGCCAAGCGAAAGCGCACUAGCCGAGCCUGCGAUCAAUGCCGCGGCCGAAAGCACAAAUGUGACGGACGGCAACCGACUUGUACACCGUGCUCCAUGUCGGACUCGCCAUGCAACUACGGUUUAGGCAUUAAGAAGCGUGGUCUUCCGACGGGAUACGUGCGGUCUCUAGAGCUGUUGUGGGCACUCGUGUUCGCCGUCGUCCCGAACGGAGAAAAGAUUGUGUCCGACCUCCUGGCCGACCUUGAGUUCGCUCUCGAUUCCGGGGGAAAAUUGACAUUGGUCAGCAAGUUGGUUGGCGACCCAGAAACUCUGAGGCAGACGUGGGUGAAGAGCCGCAUGCAAAUAGAGCUGGAACGCCGUUUAUCGAGACUGGAGGCGAGUGUCGAUGCCAACCCGAAUGUCGUGAACAGCUCUGGGGUGGAGAAUUCUGCCCUCGAUCUGUCUCGGUUUGGUGUCGCCCGGUUCGAUCCCAUUCGGCGGAGCUCGCCAGACCAAAGUAUUCAAGACCCCGAGUCUUCCAUGUUGCCUGAAAUAGCCCCUCGUAAUACAACGUCGAAUAAGGGGCAACCAUUGUCAGAGAACAUACAACCACUCGCAUUUCCGCCGUAUGCUCAGCGCCUCCUCGAAAUAUAUUUUUCCUACACCAACUGCUGGCUGCCCAUUGUUGAAAAGCACAAAAUGUUCGAGGUUCUUUACUCCUCUCCGAGAUCCCUUGCCACCAGCAAGGGGGAUGAAUGCACACUUUGGGCCAUUCUUGCAUACUCAUCUCUUCAAGAAGCACGAGGACACGUCGAUGCCGCACCGAUAGACGGGCGGGAUGGCGAAGGCACUCACCUGACGCCUCGUCGGAUGUACGACCAGGCCAAGAGGUCAAUGCCGGACGAGGAGGAGAGUCCAGAACUUGGCCAUGGGAAGGCGUUUCUCAUACUUGGCCUAUAUCAGAUGUAUCGAGGGGCCUUGUCCGCUGCCUGGCGGCUCGUCGGCCGCUCGGUUAGGGCCUCCCUUGAGUUACAAAGGCGACCGCCUAUUCCGACAAGCGACACAGACGAAAACCAAACCCGCACUCUCCUUGGCUGCUUCGUGCUUGAUACAAUCGUGUCAAGCCAUCUGGACAAGCCACCCCACCUGAGAAGCACAGAUAUCCGGCAUUUGCCAACACUCGCAGAGACCGGCCCAAACGAGUGGGAGCCCUGGGCUCCGCCGCACAGUCAAUGGCUGAACCCCGUGCCCGGUCCACCGGAGCCCAUGCGAGGAGUCAGCACAUUCAACCUCUUCGUCGACAUAAUUCGCAUUCUAAACGACGUCAUGUGGGAGCCAGUGGUGGGAUCACCAGACCAGGCUGCCGCAAAACAUCUGGCGUCUCUGAGUCAUUGGUCCGAUCACCUCCCGCACCACUGUGCUCUCCCAUGGCUUUUGGAUCCGGGUCAUUCAGCCGUUCCGACCAGGCUUUCCCCUCAGCUUGUGAACCUUCAUCUUGCUUUCAAGACCACAUUAGUUCUAUUGAGGAAACAACACACCUCACCGACAACACACUGGAUGCCCUUCGAUCAACGCUUCCCUGGACCUAAGCGUCAUUUGAUUCUCCGCCUUCUCUCAAUCUACGACGAGAAAUUUGGCAAUCCCGUCACUCCCCCCAUCUUCGCCAGCUACAAAUCUUUAAGCGACAAGGAAAAUGGUUACAUACCGUCGGGCUUGAACGCCGAACUCGAAACCCCGGAUUCGCACCGAGUAGCACGCCUCCGAUUCGGGAGACCUACGCUGGACCCUGCUGUCGACAGCUCGACGGAAGACGCCAUGUCAGCAACCCCGGGCGACAGUAUUGCAGCUUCACAUUCCGAACAGACGUUUCCAUUCGGUCUCUCAGAGGGCUCUUACGCGGUACCAACAGACAUGAGCAGGAGUCAGCAUCAACUCUCACUAGAACAUGUAGAUUUCGGACAUGCCGGGGAAGCCUCACACGAGCACCCCGGUGUCAUUACGAUGGGUGGAUUUCCUCUGCCUGAUAAUAACUUUAUUGGGGAGCUGGGCUCCCUGGACGGCAUAGAAUGGGAUGCCCAAUCAUCCGAGUUCAUGCAGAAUCUGGGC